AUGGGACCGCCGAACAAACGCCCGAAAGGCAAGCCUGUGUGCUCUUUCGAGCCGAUCGAUACGGCUCACUCACUCAACCCCUCGGCCUGUUAUCCAAUCACACGGGCCGCCUGUAGACGGCAUUUUCAUUCGGCCGACGGACCCCUUUUUAUGGCGGAUUUUUUUGCUUUUGAUGCCGCAUCUCGUUGCCACACAAGCAGACAAUGGGCCGUGUCAGCUUGCGGUGGUCGCAGAAGCCGCCUCGUCUGCACCGCUGCCCCGUCGUCCUGUUGGGCGCACCAUCUGCACGCAUAA